CAUCCCCAUCCCCCACACACAGUGGCCGUCUCUCCGGGUGAAAGCUGUCUUCCCUGCGCUACUGCCCCGACCAAACGUUGCUGUAGCAGAGACAGUCGGCACCGAUCCAAAGCAGAGCAGACCCACAGGAGAAAGAUAAAUACGCAAGAAAUAUCGUUUAUUUGUUCCACCGACUGGUUUUGAUUUGCAUAUCCACUUCCACUCCUUCCUCAUUUGCAUACAGCAAGAAUGGCGAGCGGGCAUCCCACAGACAAAUUCAGUUUCAUGUAUCAACCAGACACGCACAAGAGUAAAAGCAGGUUAUCUUCAGCCAUGAAUCCCGUCUACAGUCCCGUUCAGCCUGGAACUCCUUAUGGAAACCCCAAGAACAUGGCCUUCACAGCUUAUCCAGGAGCUUAUCAAGCCACAGCUCCCACCUACACUCCCAACCUCUAUCAAACAGGCAGUCCUGGGUAUCCACCAGGAUAUACCCCAGCGGGAACCCCGUACAAAGUGCCCCCCACUCAGUCCAAUGGAGCACCUCCCCCCUACACCCCCACUCCCACCCCGUACCCCACAGCCAUGUACCCUAUCCGCAGUGCCUACCCUCAGCAGAACCUUUACGCACAGGGAGCGUAUUACACCCAACCAGUGUAUGCAGCUCAACCCCAUGUGAUCCAUCACACCACCGUGGUGCAGCCCAACAGCAUCCCCUCCACAGCCCUUUACCCCGCCCCGGUCCCUGUCCCUGCCCCUCGCAACAACGGCAUGCCUACCAUGGGAAUGGUAGCUGGGACAACCAUGGCCAUGAGCGCAGGGACCCUGCUGACAACGCCCCAGCAUGCACCAAUAGGAGCACACCCAGUUACUGUGCCAACCUACAGGCCCCAAGGGACGCCCGGUUACAGCUACGUACCGCCUCACUGGUAGAACCCACCCAUCAUAUCUGGAGUCCACCAUCGUAUGCAACAGCUCAAAUAUUACACGAGCUCCCAGCGGUAACCAUGAGAACUCGGCACCUGUCUGCAAGAACAAAACUAAAGUGCAACCGCCACUUUACUAUUAUUAUUAUGCGACAUUCUCUAAUGUUUUUACAAAGGCUGCUUUUAAUUUUUUUCAUUACUUUUCUUUUCACUUCCGUUUGUUUGCCAACCAGUCAUUACCCUCUUUUUAUUUUUUGUACUUUCUCUUGAUGGUUUCAUUUGAAUUCCUCAGUUGUUUUUUUUUAGCUUUUUGCCGCGUCUGCCAUUGGAACUCCAGAAAGGACUCUCUCGCCCAAUCACAGGUGUCGGUCGGUUGCUUGGGUCGCUCCUGUUUCUGUGUUGUGCUGGUGCGUGUGUGGUUCCCGCCAGCAGCCGCUCGGUCCGCCGGAAAACAUUGGGCAUCAUCAUCACCAUUAUCAGCGACUAUUGACUAAUGCUGCCAAAUUUUCUAACGACUAGAUAUCAGCACAGGGUUUUAAAAAUCAUCAGAUUAUAUUUCUUUUUUUUUUUCUUUUUUUUUUUUCUUUUAAAGGGGUAAUACUUGUGUUUUUGCAUCCUUUAAUCUACACACCUCAAUUGCUUUACUUUUUUUUUUAUUAUUUCCAACCUACAUCUUCAUCCCAUUUAAUUUUUUUUGGGGAGGGGGGGGUGUUCAGUCCGAUCUCGCUCGUCUUCCAAAUGGUAGUAGCUGUAUGUCCGUCAUCCCGUCUGUUACCUUAGUCGGUGCUGUGAGCACUUACAGACCACGACCCAUCGUGUCAGCAUUACAUUGUACCUAGUACACGCUAACGAAACGAUUCGCCGACUGCAUGCUACACGCUAUGCAGGCAGGUAUGUCUGGACAACAUUUGAACCUUAACCUAGCUAGUUUGGGUCACAUAAGUGACUUUAAUGUGGGAGGGUUGGUGCAUUUAAAGUAAUAUUUUUUUGGGGGGGAGGGUACACAUUAACAGAUACAGACUCUUAGUGGCACUUACUGUACAGUAACUCCAGGUUAAAGAAACAAAAAGAGAACCACAAUGACCUGCAAGACAUCAGAGAAGGGAUUUGGAAAGGAUUUUUUAGAAACUAGGAAACGGCAGUAGGAGGAUAUAACACAGUCACAGGCAAGGAUAUUUUUCUUUCAAGGUAUAAAACAUUUAUACCUCAGGAUUUUGUCGCUUCUCGGUUAAAGAGAAGGACACAUGGUUAUUUAUGUAGACUAGAUUGCUUUUCUGGCUGUGGUUGUGUGAUCUCCUCCUACCACUUCCCAGGCGAGGACUAAUAAACCCACACAACACGAUGAGGCGAAUUUAAUGAAGGGCCAAUAAAGUAAAACCCAAUGAUGGAUAGACCUCGGUCUGAUCCACUGCUGCUGAAUGAUAGGAAACCUUUUGGUUCCGACAGGAAUGCCACAGACUAACUUUAAUGUUUUUUGUGGAGGUAGAAUAGAAGAGGGCUGCAAUGCUUUCACUUCCAAACCUCUUUGUUUGUCCUCGCCUGGAGGAGAUUAGUGAAGAGGGUUAAAAAAAGGAUUGUGGGGUUUAAUGUUUAAAUGAGGCGUGUGGCAUUUGUUCAGGAUUAAAUACUAGCAAAAAAAGUGGAAUAAAAAGAUGAAGUUGCCUCUGGGCAUAGGCCGGUUCCCUCAAUUCAGAUAUAAGCAGCUAAAGUUAAAAAUAAAUCAUUUCUAAUUGUAUCACUCCUGUGGGUUAAAGUUCUCUUAUUUAGAUAUAAGUACCCCAGUGAUCAGAUAACUAUUGCAUGGAGCCCCCUCCCCACCUGUUGCUGGGGAUGGAAAGCCUGCUACAUUUCACUGGCUGUCUUGAUUACAAAAGACAAUUUUUGCCACUCAGGAAUAUGUUUUAAACAGUGCUACACAAUUUAGGAAGUUAUCAAUUGCAGCUAACUAAAAUCUUCUUUUCUUGAUGAAAAGGAAUCAUGGAAAAGAUAUAUCAGCAAACCAAUUAUUGCAUCCAUUUUCUUUUUACAUUUAGGAUAUUAUCAGCAUUAGAACUGCGCCCAUUAUUGCAAUUCAAGAUGUGCAGCCCUAUUUGGAACAUUCUCUGCCGUAUUAUCUUAAAUUUCUAAAAUAUAUAAAAAAAAAUCCAAUUCUAUAUUUGGGAGCAAGUUACAGUAUCAAUACAAUGGUCAAAGUUUAUAACAUGGUUAUAAAUGUUAAUUAAUCUCUUAGCAGCUGUAGGAAUAACUGUUGCUUUUUUGUAUUUAAAUACGAGCAGUUACAUACUGUUUUCCAUAUAAGUUUCUGUGCAAAUUCACUCAAGGUUCACUCUGGAUCUUGUACCGGCCCAUGCCUAAUCGCAUCUUUUAACUUAAAGACCUGUACAGUACAGAUUAUUACAAGAAGCAUAUACUGCGGAUGGUGAGGUUUGAUUAUUGCAAUAAAAUAAGAGAGAAACUUCAGCUGGUGGCGUACAGUAACUAUUUUAUUGAAAAUGUUCAACUUGUUUUUCAAAUAUCGCUUAUCGUAAUAAUAUCCAUAUAGGAAAUCGCGACGUUCAAUAAUUAAUACUGCAAAGAAGUUAAGAACAUAUCAGACGUUUUGGGGUAUUAAAUAACCUUGUGAGGAAUUAUUGCACAACGUUUAAGAUAAAGGAAAAAAAAACAACUUGACUAUAUCUUAAUUACAUUUUAAGUAACAGGUACUUAGGCUUUGUAGUGCAAAAUGGAGGAAGAAGCAAUUUAUAUCAUAAUUAAAACAAUAAGGUGGAGUGUUUGAAUUAUUAUUAGUCAAGAUAUUUGUACACUAGUAGGUUAAUUCUUAAGAAGAUAUUACAUAAUGCCGCUGUCGGAGAAAAAUGCGCUUUUUGCUGAAUAUCUGGUGGAUAAUAAUGAAGAGUUUUAACCUCAUUAGAUCCUGUAGAUUUAAAAUAAGACUAAAUAGGAAGGGGGGAAAAAACGCAAUUUUCUUGCGACAGCAGUGAUGUUACUCUACAUUAAGAUUGUUAAACCAACCACUACUAUUGUCAGUAUUUCCGAAUUAAAUCCUUGUUUGCUUUUCUUUUUUUUCUCUCUCUCCUUCUCUCCAAUUGGUCAGUUAAGCGUAAUGGGUAUGCAUAAUAUUGAGGUGUCUUACAAUAGCAUUGGAGUUUUAGGUUUAAAAAAAAACAUGCAGUAUAUUUAAAGAGCAAGUGGUACAGUAAUGUAUUUCUAGCUAAGCAUGGUUGCAUUAAUGUGGCAGCUACUGUUUGUGCUUUGUUUAUUUUAUUUAAUGUUUCUUUUGGGUUUAUUUUUUUCUACUUCUGCAUCUCUGUCCUAAACAUGGCUUUCACUCUGAGGGUAGAAGUUAACACGCUGUCUGUAAGUUGUAGAGUUUGGCUCCAGCUUCUCAGGUUUUAAAAAAAACUGCUGCCUGAAUUCAGACAUGCUGAGGGGCGUAGUGCUGAUGGGGCAGAAAUGAGGUUUUGAAUGAUGUCUUUAAAAACCCUCAGCUUCCACACUUUUUUUUUUUUUUUUGUUUCCCUGUGCCAUAUUUCACGAAUUUUCAUUUAGUCCUUAACAGUUCCUUCUUUCUUAUAAUUGGUGAGCUGAUUCUGUGUUACGUCUUGCUUCCCGUGGAAUCUGUGUUUUCCUAUUGCUGUCCUUUUUCUUUCUUCUUGCCUUGUUGACUCUUAUUACCUGUCUGACUUUCUACUCUUACUGUUUCCUCUGUGUUACUCCGGGCUAUUUUGCAUCCCUCCUUUAGACAUUUAAUUUCCACUUCCUUGGGGAUGCAAAUAUCUGUCCCUUUAGUGUUUUAUUUUCCACUUGAUUGAGCGUAUUUCUCUUGCAGAUUAAUGUCAGUUUGACCUUUGCUACACUUCCCACCCUCACCUGAACUGCAGUCUUAUUGAUAAUUCUUAAUAAUCAACUGACCCUUUUUAACACUAGAUGUCACUAGUGACAAAGUCAACAAAUGGCAUCUUUAUGGUUGAAGGCUUUGAGCCAUCAUGCAUAGGAUAGGGUAUUGUAUCUUGAGCACUGGCAUUAUAUGAUCCAAAUGGUCUUUUAAGGACAUUUCCAGAACUUAUUUUCUACGGUAACAAAACAGGACUGAAGAUGAAGUCUCUUAUUUGUUGCACUAAGAGUUUUCUGAGCUGUGGACCAACCUGGUCUGUGCAUGCUGUGGUAUUUUCAUUUUUCUCACCAGAGACUAGUAAUUGAAAAUAGUUUUAUUUUCUUAUACAUUCUUAUAAAUGAUUACAUUUUUCAUCAGUUUUUUUUUUAAUAUGGGGUUGCUAAAACUGAUGGGCAAGAAUUUUAAACUUCACAUGUUUAUACAACUAAACUGCAAAAGUAAAACAAAAAUUUUGCAGCCAUCUGCAGUGAGACUAAAUAUGUUUUUACAAAUCUAUCUAGCAAAGAUGGUGGCGUUUUUUCUGGAUCAAAUCUUAUCAAAAAUGUCUUUAAGACAGAACAUGGUCACUGAACUAGUCUAGAAUUAUUUUUAAUUAAAUUAAUCGAUUUAUUGUUUAUUUUUGUCAGUGAUUUUAUUCCAAAAAUGAAAAAAAUUAAGUUUGCUACUAAAAAAGUUUGUUUUAAUUGGAAAAUGCAAUACCUGCUUUUAGGGUUCUUUUUUCUUCUUUACUGGUUUCUGACGAGAUUAUCGAAUACCAGGACAUGCAUGGUGCCAACACUAUAGGGCAGAUCCACAGAGGUGGAGCCGAGAAACAGGACUAAAUUUCUUAAAUUAUUCCUGUUUGUCAGGGAAGGCCAAAAUGGGCCUGCCUAUAUAAUUCACUUCAUUCCUUUUUUUUCACCUUUUUUUUCCAAUUUGCACUUAAAUGAAAGGGAUAACAUGUUGGUGUGUUCUGGGAGGGACGUGUGCAAAGUAGUCUUAAACAUUAAUCUUUAAACAUUUCUCCCCUUCAUUCGGUCCGUUCUUACAUUUCCAAUAGGUUAAUUGUUUUUUCAGAGUGAAAAUAUGACCAGAAAGAUUUAUUACCUCCUCCUACUUCUAAACUUUGCUUUGUUUCUUUUUUUUUUUCCUGCUGCCUUGCAGUUUCUGGGUCUUAGUUUUUCAUGGGUGAAGAUUACAACACUACUAUUGAACUGAAUAGUAGGCUUUUAAUUGUCUUUGAUGUUCUUGCUGCAGAUUUUUAUUUUUGUUUUUAACUUGUCAGAGGUCUCUCUUGGUUUUGAUUUGACACUAAAUGUGAUGCAAAAAGUGGAAAAUUCCUUGUCUUCCAAAAGGAAAAAAAAAAGAAAAAAAAACACAAACGUGUACUUGUAUCGCGCUCGGA